GCUGCCCCCGCUGCGGAGGGCCCGGGCGGGCGGGCGGAGCCUUUCCGCACCCGGGCCGGGAGCGGGGAGGCCGCGGCGGCGAGCGGGGCCCGGAGCGAGCGGGGCCCGGCAGCUCGUCCGCUGCUCGUCUCGCAGAAGCAAUUAGCAUCAAUUAGCAAGAGUCCUGCGAGUGCCUGAACAAGGACAAUGCGAUGCGCAGGCUCCGGAACACAUCCUCCGCCCCGAGCACCUUAAGGACGCAGAGGGUCCUCCUUCUUGCCCUUCUUGAAAACUGGGACAACAUUCGCCAGCUUCCAGUCAGCUGGGACUUCUCAAGAUUGCCAAGAUUCCUCAAAAACCAUCAAGAGAGACUUUGCGAUUACAUCAGCAGCUCUUUAAAGACUAUUGGAUGAAUCCCAUCAGGAUUUGUCAUAAGUUGAUAGGAAAUACCCAGUGAAACAUUAGCAGCCUGAAAGCUUUACCUUGGAUGCAAAAACCUGUUUUCUUCACUGAGAUUCCUGCAUUACUCAUUUUGGUUUUGCCUGAAGAAACAGAAAACAAGAAAAGAUGGACUGGAAUGUAAGGCCAGUCCAGAAUAUUGAUGCAAAUACAAACCUGCAAAGUGAAGGAGUAUGUUUCACUCAGUUACCUCCUAAUGGACAUGCCUUUCCUCAGGCAAAUGCCAACCCCUCUAAAAAUGCAUGCACUCAUGCUGAAAAUAACCAAAUCGUGUAUAUGCCAACUAUCAAUGUUGCCUUCCCUGCUGUAAACGCUGAAGGAUUCAAAACUUCAGAUCAAAUCUCACCAGGAGCAUCUGUAACCGGCAAUAAUUUUUUUAUGUCAAAAUACUCAGUUAAAAGACAUCAACAGAUGUACAUAACACCUCUAAAACCUCCCAUUCAGAAUUCACCUUUGCGGCCAGAGAUGACUCCAGCUUCUUGGCCAGUCUCUAAUCCCUACAGUUAUCCCUGCAGAAAUGUACCCCCUCUGUCCUCUCAAAUGAACACAGGAAAUAAUGUAAGGAACGUGCUUGGGGAGCCUCAGUACACCAAUACCAAUGCUUACACCGUGCAGACAGAAAUGCUGCAGCAUAAUUCUCUGAGACUUGGAACACUGCAUCAAGGUGGCAUUCAUCCCCAGAAUAACUCUUUUCCUCUUGGUACUUCUGGGCAACAUGUGCAACCCCAAAUAUUUAAUUCCAAUAAUCAGUGUAAAGUUUUGUAUUCAGUGAAUCAAAAUACUGGGACAAACGUACAGAUGCCACAGUUUCAGCAGGGUCAGACAGCACCUGCUUUAGGAGCAGAAGUUCCUAGAGGAUGUUCUGCACCAUCUUUGUUGCCUGCCAGCUGUGUUUCAAGACCUGCUCCACAAUCUUCAAUGGGUGUACCACAGGAAAUGCAAAAUGUACCUAAUGGAUACAGCAUUAACCAGCAGAGGUGCUCACUGGAUCCAAAAAAUGCUCCUGGGUUUAACAGUAUUCAACAACACUGUCAGAAGCAGCAAUCUGUAGAAGUCAGUCAAUCUGUCAGGAAUGUCUGUAAUCCAAGUGGAAGUGUGACAGCAAAUCGGUCUUUCAGUGAAAGUUCUGUGUCAUCCCCUGGCAUUCCCAAAGAGCUGCUUGAUGUUGUAAAAGAAAUAGAAGCUCUUUCUUCAAAGCCACUGAGUGAUCCUGCUUCAGUUCCAGAGAGCCAGACUAGUAGUUUGAUGAAUGGGCCUGUUAAUGCUCAGAUUUCUUCAGCGGCACCAACACAUGGAGUAGGAAUUACAAAGGAGAGACUAGCUUGGGAGGCUGAAAAGCUGAAAUGUCUUAAAAAAAGAGUUGUCCUGCUUGAAACGGUUCAUAAUUAUAAAAAAAAAAUCUAUAAUGAAAAAAAUGCUCUUCCUCUUCCUCCUCCUCCUAGUUAUCCGUGUUCUCCUUCUAAUUGUCUUCCAUGUGUGUCCAAACAAAAUGUACAACCUUCCCCACCUGAAGCAGUGAGGACAGAGAGGCCCACACUCCUGGUUUCACAUGAAGAAAGAAAUGACAAAAACCUUGCCAGUGCUGAUAACAGAAGAUUGGAGGUGACUCAGAGUAAUCCUCAGGUGAAGCAGGGAAGUCUUUCAUCAAGCUUCACUCCUGUUCCCUCUCAGAGCAAAGUCCCAGCUCAAUUUAAUAAUCCUGAGAGCACUGUGGAGCAAAGGGAUGUGCACGCCUUGGCCUCUUCCCAAGGAACUGUGACUUCCUCAAGCAAUGCUUCGUGUUUUACUCAAGCAGGAAGCUCUGUCAAGACUGCAUCAAAGACUCUGCAAAUUGGCCCCGAGAACUCAUCUUUUCUUCAGUUCGUAUUGAGCAGCACAAAUGUGCUGAAAGAGAAGACAGCUGGUGCUACUGCUGAUAAAAUACUGACUGAUCUCCUGUGCAGUGAAAAACCGCUGCUCAAUACAUCUGUCUCAGGUGGAAGCUUGCUAAAAGACACUAGUGAGAAGAACGUAGAAAGUUUGAAAGGUGAGCAGGCAUCUGUGGCUCACACAAAGUCUCCUGCAUCAGAAACAACUGCAUCUGGUGAUGCUCAAUUGCAGACUGAGGUAGCUCAGAAAAAAACGCCGUUUGCUGAAAAUGCAUCCUGUAGCCAGAGCAACUCUAGUUACUCUAUGGAAGAGCUGGUUGCAUGCCUGCGCUUGUGGGGAAAAUAUCCACCAGAAUCUGUAAGUGUGGAAAAUAAACACUCAAAUGAAAGCCCCACAGCAAAUCAGGUUUCGCCCUCCAAUCAAAACACAAAGAAGGGAGAAAAAAAAGAUGCUCUGGCUAGCAUGGAUGAGGCUGUUUUGCCUGUAACUACCUCUGUGGGACAAAAACUUGAUGCACUGACCUCUAAUUUGAUAAAAAAUUUUGAACCUCAAGUUGCAGUUGUCUCUCCUUUAGUACUUUGUGAACAAAAAACACUAAGUGAGCAGGCAGGCAAUAUCUCAACACCUGAAGGUAAAACCUAUGCAGUGAGCAAUUCAGGGAGCACAUGUAGCUUGCAAGAAGAGGAGGAAAAUGGUUUAAGUGUGGCAAAUACUGUUAAAGGAACAAUAGAAAAUACUUGGUCAUCACCCAGUGAUUGUGUUCUGGAGGAAAAAGUGGACUCAGAUUUGCAACAAAUCAAAGUAGGUGAUGAAAACCAAAGGAAAGUUAGUCAAUCUGCACAAGAUGCAAGAAAAAAUCUGCAGCUUGGAUCACAAAACAAGGCUUCUCUUCCUGAAUCAGGCAUAAAUUUUUGUAGUCAAAUCUCUCAAGAAGGUACAAGACACCAUGAAGACAUGCAAGCUGUGUUAGAGGCAGGAGAUACAUCCACAGCUGUGCUGGAAAAUGACAUGUUUUGUAUUUCUAGUGUAUGCUCUCUUGUUGAAGGUGAUAAAUUUUAUAACCCACAAAUAGCAGGCAUGUUCAAGUCAAUUUAUGAGACACAGGCACAGGCAUCAGAAGGAAAUGAGUCUGGUGCAAGUCAAAAGGAGCAACAUCUGGACUUGAAUAAAACUGAGCUGAGCAAUAACACUGCCCAAAGAGAGAGCUUGCUGCUAAAGAUGUUGGAAGAAACAUCAAGUCAUUUGGAGAAGGAAAGCAGUGGCAAGCCUCUUAAAGCAGUUUCUACCUCUGAGCAAAACACAUCAUUCAAGGCAUCUUUCAAGCAUCCUGAAAAUUCCUUAGAAAGACUUGCUAAUAUAAAUCAGAAGUUAGCUCAAAAUUCAGUGGAUUCCUCUGCCAGCAUAACUGCUAAAACAAAUGCACCUGCUGUUCCAGGAGACCGCAGUAAACAAAAUUCCAUGCCCAGUAAAAAUAGCACAGAAAAGGAGGUGAACUUUUUUGGAGCAAAACCUAGUAAAUAUCUAAAAGAUCAGCUGCUCGCUCUAGUGAAAGAGUUUCCAUAUGGCAUUGAAGGUGCUGAUAUGCUAACAAAAGAAGCAGCACAAAAUCAUUCAGUGGCUGAAGGGACAGAGAAUCAGUCUCAAAAAGAGGUUAAAAUUUGUAACAAGAAUUCUCAUUUGAAGGACCCAGUAAAUCAGACUAAACUUGCAGCGUUAAGAUCGGAUCAGGUUCAAGAACUGUCUCCUGGGCACAACCAGUCUCAAAAAGAGGUUAAAAUUUGUGACAAGAAUUCUCAUUUGAAGGACCCAGUAAAUCAGACUACAAUUGCAGCAUUAAGAUCUGAUCAGGUUCAAGAACUGUCUCCUGGGCACAACCAGUCUCAAAAAGAGGUUAAAAUUUGUGACAAGAAUUCUCAUUUGAAGGACCCAGUAAAUCAGACUAAAAUUGCAGCAUUAAGAUCUGAUCAGGUUCAAGAACUGUCUCCUGGGCACAACCAGUCUCAAAAAGAGGUUAAAAUUUGUGACAAGAAUUCUCAUUUGAAGGACCCAGUAAAUCAGACUAAAACUGCAGCAUUAAGAUCUGAUCAGGUUCAAGAACUGUCUCCUGGGCACAACCAGUCUCAAAAAGAGGUUAAAAUUUGUAACAAGAAUUCUCAUUUGAAGGACCCAGUAAAUCAGACUAAAAUUGCAGCAUUAAGAUCUGAUCAGGUUCAAGAACUGUCUCCUGGGCACAACCAGUGUCCCUCUAGUGACAGCAGGAGAGAAGUGAGUCAACAGUUAGAAAAGGCUUCAGCUGACAAGGACAGCCUUGAAGGCAGUGUCCAGCCUAGUCAGGAUCUAUGUGAGAAGGAAAAAGCCCCACAAGAAAUAUCUAACCCCAGUGAAAAAAGUGAAGAUUGCUCUUCAAUGGGUGGUGUAUCUGUAGCUUGUAAAACACCACAUUGUCCCUCUCAAUUAGAAACAUCUGGUUCAGAGAAAAAUGAUUGUCAGCUUUCAAAAGCUGAAAAUACCAACUCUGCAGAGACAGAAGAAAACAACCAUCAAUCUGAUACCUUGAAAAAGGAAGACUGUGCAGUGGGAGACCUGGCAAUAUCUGAAAAAAUCCCAGACAGUAUUAGCAAAAAUAAAGAUAUUUGCAAAUACACUUCUGAAAUGAACAAAAAACCUAAGCUGAAGGUGGAUAAUGAAUACAAACUGCCUACAACACAGCAGGAAAAAACUGGACGAGUUAAUUCUUUUGAAAACCAGGAUGCUGAUAAAUACAUAAGCAGCAGUUCGAAGGAACGCCUGCAAAUUGACAAAGGAACCCAAGUGUCAAGUAAAGAAAUUAAUUUUUUCAAAAAAGAGCACCAGACAGCCUCCCAAGAGUUACCAGCAAAAACUGAUCAUACAUAUGCAGACAACAUGGCAAAGUUGUCCAUAAAGAAGGAGAGAGUUUUCAAAACUGAGUCCCUUUCAAAAGAUACAACCAAACCAGGUUUGACCAUGAAAUCCAAAACAGACAUUCACCAAUCUGUGAAGUCAGAAACAGUUGAAAUUAAGCACUCUGAAGUCAAUCAAGGACAAAAAAUUAAAACUUGUGAAGAGAACUCGGCUGAAGAACAAAACUGUAAGGAACAAAAGGAGGUGCUUAGGCAAGAUGUAGGAAUUACUGUCAAAGAGCAAGUGAAAUUACCAGCAAAAAUAAAACAUACAAAAUUGAGUAGUUACCAAGCUGAUGCUGUAAAAUUCUCAGAUAGUGGCACUGUAGACUUCAAAUCAAGACACAUAAAAUAUUCUCAGCAUAAAUCUGUGAAAGUUCAUCCUUUGCAGGAGCAGCCAUUCAAACGGAAGAUGAAGGAAAAUAUGGCUGGGAAGAAAGAAUUUAAGAAAGCAAAGCUGGAAGAGGAAAGACUGAAACAAUCCGAAGGAAAGAGUUCUAAGCAGCUUGCACACAAUUGCUUGCUAAAUGCUGACAAAGCUAAAAAACUGAAUGGAGAAAAUGGUUGGAAACCAAGGAGUUCCUUAGCAGAUUGCUCUGUGCUUAAACUGCAGAGAAAAAGGGCUCGAUCUUCUAGCAUUUCUAAAAACUUCUUCUCUAGCAAAGAAAGACAUCUCGAUGGUCAAAACAAAGACAAGUGCUCUGAGAAAAUGUUUCCUGAUAAAAAUCUUCUAUACCUAAACAGAAGAAAUAACAGACUAAAGCUGCAUCUUCAAAAGGAACCCAAGAAACACUACCUGAACAGGGUGGCAUUUAAACGUACAGCACAGGAGCGCAUCUCUCUGACAAAAUUAGAGACAUCACCUGUCAGAUCCGUCUGGCAUAGAACCACCAAAGUGUCACAAAGCAGCAACUCAAAAAAAGAUGUGUCUGUCUCGACAGUUGAGAAACCAUGCAAACAGGAAGUCCUUGAGUUCAAGCUGUGUCCAGAGAUACUGUUCAGAAAUCCAGCCCCUGGUGAAGAAAGCUUAGCUGCAAAGAAUUCUCCAGAAAGAGAUAAAGUCAUUGUAGAAGGUGUCAAGAGUAAAAAAGAAGAUUGGUUAAAAUGUGAACCAGUGAAGCAAAAGAAACUGGAAGAGGUCUCUACAGCUGAGGACAGUAUUCCCCUUGAUACAGCUAUACAGAUCCUGGAAGGAGAUGGAGAGACUCUUCACAUUCCUGUCAAAGACUCAAAAGAGAUGUUUCAGACCUACAGGAAAAUGUAUCUGGAAAAAAAGAUGCAAAAGUCUUGAUAGCACUCCCGUAUCAAAGGUCUUACUGUCACUGAGAAAAAAAUGCCAACACUAAGAUGAUUUUUUUUCUGUUUACUUCAUGUUGCUGAAUAAUUGUAAAAGCCCACAGUUUUCUGGUGGGUAUUGAAAAUUUCCUUCCCUAAUCCCUCAUAUUUGUGAAUAAUUACCAUCUUAUUCUGUAUUUAUUGUCCAAAUAUUCUUUGGUGCUGUAAAUGGUGAUUUAAACAUAUUGUUUCUUUUAGCAUUUUUGAUUCUAUUUUUUUUUUUUUUAAGAUAGAGUAGCUCAUUGAGUCUUGACCAAAAAAAUAACAAACUCAUUUAAACUGUCAUAGCCUGUUUUGUUUCCUGAUUCUCAAAAACUUCUGAUUAUACUUUCCAUUGCCGGCAGUGGAAAAAUAUUUCUGCUGCAAAGGGACUGCAGUGGAUUCCCAAGCAUUACACUUCUGUUUCCCACUUACAGCAGCCUGAUGGUUUUGCUUCUUAACAAGGCUUUCUGUUUUUGUAGAAACUUUUUUUCCUAAACUGGGAAUAGAAAAAUAAAUAUAAACCCCUCAAUGCAAGCAUACAGAUCAGGGGCAUUUUUGAAGUAUUUAUGCUGCUACCCAGUGUCGUUACAUUUGUUUUUGUGGAGCUUGUACGGACUGAACUCUAAGUUCUUAGUUUGAGCACAGUGCUGCAGACUGUUAGUUUACUGAAGACUUCCCUUGCUUUUCUUUCUCUCUUCCUUUGCACUUCUGUUGUUGAAGUGCCCCAAGUUCGAAUUCAGUCUUGUCUGGAUUAUGUUGUUGAGUUCAGCUAGACUGUAAUUAAUUUCUUUGUUUAUAAAGUGUUAGAUAAUGUUUGCUUACACAUUCACUGUGACAUAACAGUUGUAUUUGUCAUUGGUUAUCUUUUGUUUAAGUGCCUUUUCACUGUUACUCAGAAUUUAAAAUCAAAUCGUAUUUUUACAGAGAUUUGGUAUUUGAUUCUUUCUAUCUUAUUAAGCCUUUAUGCUGAACAAAAAACCUGUAGAUACGUUACUGAACAAUUUUUAUACUUGAAAUAAACUUUUGAGGACUA